AUGGACGUGGACAUGGCGACAGCAGGAGACUCGGCGCACGCGGGCCAAACCCAGAACUCGCAUUCCCCGUCGCAGGCAGCUCCCAACGGCGGCGGCGGGCCAACUCAAGCUGGGCCUGGUGCUGGUGGUGCUGUGGUCGCACCACCACCACAGAACUCGCAAAACCACCCCAGCUUUCGAAGCGAGCUUCAAGAGCUUGCGAGGUAUGCUUGUGUUUCUUAUGUUUCUUAUCAACCUCUUUGCGACCGCUCCGAGGCUUUAUCUGGUUUUAUCUGGGUUCCGAAUGGUAAUCGUGCCGAGGCAUUUCGACUCGGCCACGCCACGUACCCAUCCACCCAUCGCGACCCUUUACUGACAAGCCGACUUCCCACAGACCUGCCACGCUCGAAAGGUGUGCCAUGUACGAACUGCGUCGCCUUCCAGAUCGAAUGCAAGAUUCCUGCACCUAAGAGGAAGAAGACAGCAGGCGCAAACACAAGCAAGGACUCGGACAGUGAACGCGGCGACAAUGUUGAAGAUCGAUCACCUGCCCCCGGCCCCGGCCACGGCUCGUCCACCACCUUCCCAGUGAGGCCCACCGUCUACCACUCCAACGAAGGUACCCCGGCGAACACGUUGACCGAAGCCCAAGCCCGGAAAGAGGAGGUGGACAACGAUACCUUCUUGAACAUUGUCAUGAAGCCCAAGUUUACCAGAGCGCCCAUCACCGAAGCCGGACGAGUGGCCUUCCUCGGAGAGUCUUCGAACUUGACUCUAUUGGUUCACGACCGCCAGGGUGGCUCAUCCGAUGUCGUGCAUUAUCCGCUGCCUGACAACAUCCGAGGUUCAAGAGCACGACUGACGGAGCUGGACAAUAUUGAGAUCGAUAUUCUACACCAGCGGGGCGCCUUUCUCCUACCACCGAGGUCCCUUUGCGACGAGCUCAUCGAAUCAUAUUUCCGAUGGGUCCAUCCCAUUGUCCCAGUCAUCAAUCGGAGUCGCUUCAUGCGGCAGUACCGGGACUCCAAGAACCCGCCCUCUCUCUUGCUGUUACAAGCUGUGUUGCUUGCAGGCUCACGUGUCUGCAACAACCCGGCAUUGAUGGACGCCAAUGGUUCAACAACCCCUGCCGCACUGACGUUCUACAAGAGGGCGAAAGCCCUUUAUGAUGCCAAUUACGAAGAUGAUCGCGUCACCAUCGUCCAGUCUCUCAUUCUGAUGGGCUGGUACUGGGAAGGUCCUGAGGAUGUCACCAAAAACGUAUUUUACUGGAGUCGAGUUGCGACUAUCGUCGCCCAAGGAUCUGGCAUGCACAGGAGUGUGGAGAACUCGCAGCUGAACAAAGCGGACAAACGACUCUGGAAACGAAUAUGGUGGACGCUGUUCACUCGAGAUCGGUCUGUUGCAGUCGCCUUGGGGCGUCCGGUGCAUAUCAACUUGGACGAUUCAGAUGUUGAAAUGCUCACCGAGGACGACUUUAUCGAGGACGAAUUGGAUCACACGGGCGCGUUCCCCCCCGAUCCCAUCCACGUCCAGUUUUUCUUGCAAUACGUGAAGCUUUGCGAGAUUAUGGGCUUGGUCCUCUCCCAACAGUAUUCUGUCGCCUCCAAGGGCCGUCAGCGCAACGCGAUAGACCUAACUCAUAGUGACAUGGCCUUGGCAGACUGGCUCCAGAACUGUCCUAAGUCUGUUUACUGGGAAAUGCCGCGACACCAUUUCUGGAGCGCUUUGCUUCACUCCAACUACUAUACCACGCUAUGUCUACUACAUCGAGCGCACAUGCCGCCCAAUAGUAAUUACGGAACCAGGUACCCAGACGACUCAUCCUACCCAUCAAGGAACAUCGCUUUUCAGGCAGCGGGCAUGAUCACGUCCAUCAUUGAAAACCUGUCUGCUCAUGAUGAGCUGCGUUACUGCCCGGCGUUCGUCAACUACAGUCUGUUUUCGGCACUCAUCAUGCAUGUAUAUCAGAUGAGGUCACCUAUUCCAUCCAUCCAGCAGGUUACGAAUGAUAGGAUUCGCACCUGCAUGGGGGCACUGAAAGACGUUUCCAGAGUCUGGCUGGUAGGCAAGAUGGUCUACACCCUUUUUGAGGCUAUUCUCGGAAACAGGACAUUUGAGGAAAGGCUACAAAAAGCCGCAGGCAAGCGUCAUCGCAAAGCACAACAGAGUCUGGCUCAACUGGAACAACACCAACACCACCAACAACAGCAACAGCAAAGAGCACAGGACGCGACGAAGCGGAAAUAUGAUGAGAUGGCCAUUGACUUUACCGUGAGCACGCCAACACAUCAAGAGUCUUACGAGCGAUCUCGGCCACAGACGCCCAGUGCGGUGAGACAUGAGCACAUGGGACCGCCCGGCGCGACGUCUCCCCAUGUGAGGUCUGGUGACACUUUCAUGGGUGGCACGAACAGUCGACCUCAUACGCGGCCAGCGACCCCGUUUAACCCCUCGUUCUCCGUUCCUGCGACGCCUCCCGACUUGUACCUAGUGACACGAAACUCUCCAAACCUGUCACAGUCGAUCUGGGAGAACUUCCAACCAGACCAGCUGUUCCCAGACAGCUCUCACAUUUCGCAAUUCGCGCAGAUGUCACCGCCCCAGACCAGUCAGAAUCUGGACCCAAAUCUAGUGGCACAGAUGCAAGGCAUGUCAUCUCAGAUGCAGAACCAAGGUGGUCAGUACCACCACCACCAGCAGCAGCAACAACAACAACAACAACAGCAGCAGCAGCAGCAGCAGGGCGGGCUGGCGCCGAAUAGGGGCAUGAACGGAAGCCCUCAGCAGCCGAACAGUAUGCUGAAUCCCAACAUGGGACAAUUUCAGGGACAGUCAGGAAACGUGUGGCAAGGCUCAACGGGAACAUUCGACGGAAUAUUGCCCGAUGGUCACAGUCCUAGCGAUAGCUGGAGUACAGGUUCCGCGACGGGUCAGCCAGUGCCGGCCACACUGAACGUUGAGGAUUGGUUUCAGUUCUUCGGCAUCAACGGUGACCAGGUGAACAUAGCGAACCUCGAUAUGGGCCUUGGUUCUGUUCCAUAA